GUUAGAUGGACAUGUAAAGUUAAAAAGAUUUGGGUCCGGGGCCCAAACAUUUGUUAAGAAAAAAUUGUGAGUGUUAGGGAUUGAAUAUUGGACCAUCAAGUGCACUUUGAAACCAUACACCAUUUGCCACUGCACUAUCAAGUGCAUCUCCACAUAUCAUUAUAUUACAAAGCAAACCAUUUAUCUUUUGUAGUUCCAUUUUUUUUGUGAAGUAUAUUAUUGUCGAUGGAAUUUUAGGUGCAUAACUCAUGUUUCCCUGUGUGCAUGCAUAGGUGAUUUACAGUUUUUGCUUACAUUCUUACGUAACUAUUUACAUGGAAUUGCCUGUUCGGGCCCAUGGUAGAAAAAACACAGUAAUGCAUGUAAUGCAUAUGCUAAGCUUAGGAUUGCGAAAUGCAUGAGCAACACAAGAAUUUGGCCUUGGAUUGGAUGAAAACCCAGAAAUGUUUUAAAUGUUAUAUUUGUAUGACACAGAAAGAUUGACAUUACCCUGAAUCCUGGAUCUUUGGAACGAAAUUUCCUACAAAAAUAUAUAAAUUCAUAGCAAUUUUUCAAAGGAAUGGGUAAGGUGAAUCCAACAGUCCAGUUCCUCUGCAAUUCCCCGGUUCUUCUUUUGGUUCAUUAGAAAAAUGUUGGAAUUUCACAUGAGUAAUAAAAUCCUCCAAUACAGUACAGAUAGGAACUUUUUUUUAAAAAAAGAAGGAAAUUCCAAGGUAAGAACAGGCCUGACUUGAGUACUCAGUUUUCCACGCUAGUAAACAGUAAACUGUAAACUAUAGUUUUCCACCCAGAUAGUAGCUACUAAGAGAAGGAAAACCAAAACCAACCACCGCAUGCACUAUAAUAUGAUGUUGACCCACUGAUGGUGAUGCUCGUUUACCUGCUAAUUUGUUUCUUUUAAGUUAGUGAUUGUCAUUCUAUAACACUCAUCUCUAUUAUACUAUCUGCUAAUCUGCUAUAUCCAAAGUCUCCGUUGUCCUCAAGUCCACCUCGGCGGGCUUCAUGCAAGCUGCAAGCAUUGGCAUCUAAAUUUCACCCAAAAAAAGAAAAAAAAGGAAAAAAAGCAGAGAAGUUAGCCUGGCAAGUGACAAGCUGGAAAAAGAGCAAUCAAUUUCAGUUGAAUUCCGUUACCGAAGUGUUUAAACUUGCUGAAAGUUUAGCUUGCAUGGUCAGUAGUUGGUCGCUGGACUGGAGCAACUAGACCAAAAUAAGCUAAGCCAUGGCGGAGCUGGUGCCGCAGGUCGUCGGCGCCGUGAGCCGCAGCAUCGCCGGCCGCCUGCUCGCCGACAUCGACCUCGCCAGCAGCGUCGGCACGAACGUCGAGGACGUCACCGACGCGCUCACACGGCUGACGUCGAUACGGGCCGACCUCGAGGCCUCCAUGGGGAGGCUGCCGCAGCGGCGGCGGCCGGAGGAGGUCACGGACUGGCUGUCGCGGGUGGACGGCGCCGAGAAGCGGGUGGCCAAGCUCCGGCGAGAGUACCAGCGCCGGUGUUGCUCCUGCGGCGGCGGCGGCGCCUUCUCGCUCAACCUGUUCGCGAGCUACGCCAUUAGCCGGCGCGCGUGCCACGAGCGCCACCGUCUCGCCGCGCUGCUCGGGGAGUGCGACAGGGUGAGGAGCCUCGCCGCCGGGGCGCCCCGGCCGUCGUCCGGCGCCAUGGUCGUGCCGUCCACGGUGGUCGGCAUGGAGGGCUACCUCGAGGAGGCCCUGGCGUGCCUCGACGACCGCGACGCCGGUGUCGUGGCCAUCUGCGGCAUGGCCGGCGUCGGCAAGAGCACGCUGCUGCGACGCAUCAACAACGUGUUCGUCCAGGACCCCGACAGGAGGCACGAGUUCGACUACGUCAUAUGGCUCGACGCGCCGGGCGACUGCGCCGCCGUGGGCAAGAUGCAGGACGCCAUGGCUCACCGGCUCGGCCUGUGCGCGCUCCCGGACGGCGGCGCGCCGGACCACCGUGCGCGUCCGAUCUUUGAAGUCCUCAGGGACUCGAGCUUCUUGCUGCUGCUCGACGGCGUAACCAAGCCUGUCGACUUGGUGGACAUCGGCGUCCCGCACCUCGUGCACGACGAUCGCCGGAGGCAGAAGGUCGCCAUGACCACCCGAACAAGGGGAGUCUGCGGCAGGAUGAGCUCGUCGCGAAGGAUUGACAUGCAAUGCUUGGACAGUGACCAUUCAUGGCGUCUGUUCAGAGAGAUCGCCCGCGACGAGACGAUCAACGCUGACCCGAGGAUACCGGACUUGGCGAAGGAGGUCGCCGGGAGGUGCGGCGGCUUGCCGCUUGUGCUCACCGCCAUCGGCGGCGCCAUGAGGUGCAGGAGGCAGCCAGAGGAGUGGGUGAGCACGGUGACCGCGCUCAGGAACUUGGAGCUCGCCAAGAUCCCCGGGAUGGACGCCGGCGAGAAGCCAGGCGCCAUGCUGCGAUCGCUGCAAGAGAGCUACGGCGACCUGCGCCAUCCCGUGCUCCAGAAGUGCUUCCUCGCCACGUCCCUGUGGCCCGAGGGCCACGCCAUUGACAAGGGCGAGCUCGUCGAGUGCUGGAUCGGCCUCGGGCUGGUGGGCGAGUCGCUGCCGAUGGACGAGGCCGUGCGCACGGGGCUCGCCGUCCUCAACGAGCUCGAGGAGGCCAACCUGCUGCUGCCCGGCGACGCCACGGGCGAGGUGAAGCUGCACGGCGUCGUGAGGGGCGCGGCGCUGUGGAUCGCCCGUGACCUCGGCAAGGCGCCGAACAGGUGGGUGGUGUGCACCGGCGGCGUCUCCCUCCGGUCGAGGCAGAAGCUAGUGGAGUUCUUCGAGCGCGCGCGCGACGCGGAGCGGGUGUCCGCCAUGCGCAGCUCGGUCGAGCGGCUGCGGGCAAUGCCGCCGCCGUCGUCCCCGUGCCGGAGCCUCUCCGUCCUCAUGCUGCAGCACAACGCGGCGCUGCGUGACAUCCCCGGCGGCUUCCUGCUCGGCGUGCCGGCGCUCGCGUACCUGGACGCCUCCUUCACCGGCGUCCGCGAGGUCGCCCCGGAGAUCGGCACGCUCGCGUCGCUGCGUUACCUGAACCUGUCGUCGACGCCGCUGGAGUCCGUGCCGCCGGAGCUGGGGAGGCUGCGGCAGCUCAGGCACCUGCUGCUGCGGCACACGGCGCGCCUCUCGGCGUUCCCCGCCGGCGUGCUGCGUGGGCUGCCGAGCCUGGACGUCCUCGACGUGUGCCCGAGCAGGUACACCGAGUGGUGCGGCGCGGGAGGAGGAGGAGGAGGAGCGAGCCUGGACGAGCUGAGGUCGAGCUCGGCGUUCGUCCGGUCCCUCGGGAUCUCCGUCGCGACGCUCGCCGGCCUACGCGCGCUGCGCGGCCUCGACAACGUGCGCACACGGCGGCUGACCGUGACGCGGGUGGCGGCGACCGCGCCGUCUGUCGCGCUGCGCCCCUCCAUGCUGGGCCUGCUCGAGGCCCUGCACGAGCUCACCGUCGCCAAGUGCUCCGGCCUGCAGGAGCUGGAGGUUGUCGCCGGCGAGGAGGACAACGCAUGGUGGCGCCUUCCGGAGCUCAGGAAGCUCGAGAUCGAUGAGCUGCACGAGCUGGCGGCCGUGCGGUGGACGCGGACGGACGUCGGGGCGUUCUUGCCGGCGCUCCGGUGGGUGAAGAUCUCACACUGCAACAGGCUAAGGAACGUGAGCUGGGCGGUGCAGCUGCCAUGCCUGGAGCAGCUGGAGCUUCGCCAUUGCUCGGAGAUGGUUCACGUCGUAGACAUUGACGGCGACGACGAGGAGCAGCGACGAGAGCACCCGGAGACGCGCACGUUCCGCUGCCUCAGGAGGCUGCUGCUGGUGGAGCUUCCGUCGAUGGGCAGCAUUGGUGGUGGUGCAGCGUUGAGCUUCCCUUGGUUGGAGACCCUGGAGAUCGCCGGCUGCGACAGCCUCGGAGAGCUACCUGUUGAGCUGCAAAAAAAGUUGAAGGAGAUUUGAGAUUAUGUUAGCCAAGCUGUGAAUCUGAACAUUGUUCCUAGCAUCUUAAAGCUUAAGAAAGAAAGAUUCACUCAAGAA